CCGCUCCUACACCUGCCUCUGCUUGAGCCUCACCUGCCGCUGCGUCACCUCACCCGACCAGCCGUUGCUGCCGCACCCCCUAGACUCGGCUCAGUGUCGUCUGAUCUUGUUUUUUCCGACAUCCUUCGUGCCGUCAUUACAGAAAAACCCUUGCCCGCAUGCCUCGUCGUGAUCGUCGUCCGUCACAUUAGUCAGAGCCCUCGCCCUCCUGCCGUCCUUUCUCGCCACCACCCGCCAUGGUCAUAUCGUCGCCGACUCUCCCGCGACUUCACCCUUCACCGCGCGGCUGCCCGCUCCUCCCCCACCUCGGCUGCCUCGCUCCGCUCCUCCUGCUCGUCCUCCUCGCGUCGCCGUAUCUCCCGCCGUCGCUCGCGCAGAGCCACUCGCCGCUGUCGGGGCAGGGGCUCGCGCCGCACCCCAUGCUGCUGCCGCCGCCGGAGCGCCAUGCGCAAGGGGACCGCCGCGCGCGACAGAUGGGGGGCAGGGGGACGUGCGCGAGCGCGGAGGGAGGGGAGGAAUUGGCGCGGGUGGCGUACACCCCGGUGUUCGUGUCGGUGGUGCUGAACAAGCUGCUCGCGGUGGACGACGAGCGGUACCAGUUCGAGGUGAUCGUGCAACUGCGCAUGUCGUGGCACGACCCGCGCGCGCCUCUCGCCAUCCGCCGCCGCACGGAGGAGACGUUCCUGGCGGGGCAGCCGGGCGCGUGCGCGCGUGUGUGCGCCAAGGGGCGGUCGCUGUGCUGCGACGCGGUGUGGCUGCCGGGCGUGAUGGGCGGCAACCUGCUGUCGCUGGAGGACGAGCGCACGGAGUGGGAGGCCAUCGCGCUGCUCCCGGGCAACCACAGCAACGUGCGCUGGGGCCGCCGCCUCAGAGCCACGUUCCACGCCGCGCUCAGAUUCCACCGAUACCCCUUCGACACGCAGCAGCUGGUGAUGGAGCUUUGGGCCGAGAGCUGCUGCUACUCCUUCGUGCCCAGCGCUGCCGCCAUCAGACUGCCGCGCACGGCUCUCACUGCUGCACUCCAGCCGCCGCACCCGGGUGGCAACCCCCCUCCUCCAACCAGCAGCAGCAGCAGCAGCAGUAGGACCAGAGACAGCAAGAAGCUGUGGCGCGAGCAGAGCGGGGAAUAUGGGCGGGGCAAGACUCAUGGGAGGCGGGGGCGGGUGAGGCGGGAGGAGGGGAGCGGGGCGGACGACCUGUCGGGGUGGCAGGUGGAGAGUGUGUUUGUGGCGGCGCGGGCGAUGCAGCCAGGGCGCAUGGUGCAGUGGGUGGAGGAGCCGCACGCGGACGAGGUUUUCAGCGUGCUCGUGGAAGAGUUCUCAGGCGCCACCGCAGGGGGCGCAGGCACUGCUGCCAUGCCGUGUGGGGGGAAGGGGGAGGAAGACGGGAGGGACGGUUUGGGGUCAGGGAUGGAGCAGGAGGAAGGGGGCGAGUGUGGGAGCGGCAGAGUGGAGAGCAGCGAGUGGAUGGCGUGGCAGAAGCAGCAGCAGCGGCACGCAGCAGCAUCUGUGAACGCGACGCUGCUGAUUGUGGUCCGCGUGCAGCGCAUCUGGCACUACUACCUCUUCCUCUUCCUGCUGCCCACCUUCCUCGCUGUGGCGCUCUCCUGGACGUCCUUCUGCGUGUCGCCGGAGCACCUGGAGCUGCGUGUGGGCACGGGCAUCACGCUGUUCCUCGCGCUCACGUCGCACCAGUUCAUCAUCUUCGACAACCUGCCGCACUCCAGCUACGUCACCAUCAUGGGCUGGUUCGUCAUCUGGUCGUACGCGCUCAUAGUGGCCGCCGUGCUGCAGUCGCUGCUCGUCAACUACGUCUACAGCAUUGGAGAGACUGCCGCCCGCGAACGCAAUGAAUCCGCGGCAGCGAGGGCCACGAGGCGCCUGCUCAUGGGGUCGGCAGGCGUGGCGGGGAAAGGGGGGGCGGCAGGGAGUGGGGGUGCGGGUGCGGGCGGGAGUCACAGUAUUGCGUGCCUCUCCUCCGGUAGUCGCUGGCAGAGUCUUUCUCCCCAGGCGCUCUCCCUGCUCUGGCGCCCCUCCGCCUCCGUUGUCGCUGCUGCCGCUGAGCCGCUGCUGGCAGAGGAGGUGCGGUCGAGGGAAGGUGGGGGGAGGCAGGGGGAAGGUGCUGCGGUGAAGCGGAAGAAAGGCAGUGACGAAGGGGGAGAGGGGGGGCGGGAAGGGGUGAACGAGGGGAGGGAAGGGAGUGGGUGUGUGGUUGCAGCAGAGGGGAGUGUGGCAAGCGGUGCAGGCGGGAGUGCUAGCAAGCCAGCGCGGUAUCCUGCCAGUGGUAAAGGGCGGGCGGGUGAGGGUGUGAGAGACAAGCCAAGCGCACCGGUGAUGCGGCAGUGUACGAGGCAGAGUGAGCAGGACAGUGAGGGGAAAUCCUUGUCUCGGCAGCCAAUCGAGCAGGAGGGAGAGGCGGAGACGGGAGCGGAGAAGCGCAAUGGAGGGUCAGGAUCAUUUCCUGAGAGUGAGUCGUUUGUGGGUUUGUCCCAUCUGUCGAAGCGCAUUCAGCGCACGGUGGCCCAGGCGAGCCAGCUGAAGGGCAUGGUGGAGCAGGACCCCCACCGUGCCAAGACAUUCAUCACCCGCCUCGAUGGCCUCUGCCUUGUGCUCAUGCCCCUGCUCUAUGUGGGCGGGCUGUUAUGGAUCUACAUGGUUGUGGAGUGACAAGGGUGCUUAGGAGGGGGAAGGGAGGCUUGGGACAGGAGGCGGUGCUUGCGGUAGUACGAUGAACAUUUGUGCAUUGUUGUAUGCCUUAAAUCUAUAUGUAAAUAUGCUCAUACCG